AUGCCCGGGCUUUCAGCCCAAGCGUUUCGUGCAUCUAAACCUCAGCUGCCAGUGCGCAUGCUCAAUUGCCGUUCGGAUUACCCUCUCAAGGAUCGUGAGGCUUGUUUGAAAAUUGAUCUACGCCUCUUCCAUGCCGGCGAUCCAGUGCAGAAUGGCUAUUUCAUGUUCGCCUUUCUUGACAUCCCAUCUUUGGGAUCAAAGGAGGGCAAAGCAGGGGUCCAGUUAACCAUAAGCUGGCCCUAUGAAUCGGGCUAUCUAGACGAAAAAGAACCAUCAGAUGCACCAACCUAG